UGUGAAUGCGCACUUAGAUGUCGAUUUGACUUGUAUCGACACAUGCUGCUUUUUGCCACAAUGAGCCUUUUAAGUUUGACGUUGCGUUGUUUAGAUUUUUUUUACACAGGCAAAGCCGACAUAGUCUCUUCUUAAUUUAAACGUGUAACAUGUUGAGAUGACUAACGUGCGCGGACUUCAGCUUUCAAUCGGUUUUUGGUUCGAUGUUUUACUGCGUGUCUUUCUGGCAGUGCUAUUCGUAGAGCUGGAAAAAGCAGAACCAUUUACAAGAAAAAUUCAUGAAGAUGAACUGUGGUUGUACAGAAAUCCAAGAACAGAAUCUUUUGUUCCAACUACAGUAUUAUGGCCCCUUGUAUUUAUGAUGCCAGUUGCUGUUAUUUGUUUUUUCUUUAUAAUACACAAAGAUAAACUUGAUCUUCAACAAUCAGUAUUAUCUGUAACAUUAGCGCUAGGAUUUAAUGGUCUUAUUACAGAUAUCUUGAAAUUAAUAGUGGGUCGUCCAAGACCAGAUUUCUUCUGGCGUUGUUUCCCAGAUGGACAAAUGAAUUCAGGAUUCAAGUGCACUGGAGAUCCAAUUGUUGUUAGAGAUGGAAAGAAGUCAUUCCCAAGCGGACAUUCCUCAUUUGCGUUCGCUAGUUUCGGAUUUAUCGCGUUGUAUUCAGCUGGAAAGUUGCAUACAUUCAGUCUAGCAGGAAAAGGACAAUCGUGGAGACUGUGCACAUUCUUUUUACCACUAUGUAUCGCUCUUGUUAUUGCGUUAAGCAGAACGUGUGAUUAUCACCAUCAUUGGCAGGACGUGGUAGUGGGAUCAGUAAUAGGCUUUUGCUUAACGUACGUUUGCUACAGACAUUAUUAUCCUCCGUUGGAUUCGUCGUAUUGCAACAAAUCAUACGCUGCGCUGGGAUCACAAAAUCAUUUGGACGAUGUCAAGCUUAACAAGAACGAGCAAAUCAAGUGGAUAUAAACAAGUGGGGACUAAUAUAUACUAUUAUAUAUAUAUAUAUAUAUAUAUAUAUAUAUACAUAUACGCGUGAUAUAAAUUGACAUUACUACGUUAUAAUUUAUUAUUGUAACUUUAACAAUUUUUUGUUAAAGUCUCUCUUUGUGAUCUGAAUUUUAUGUACUGAGAUCUAAAUAAAUAA